GUGUUCUCCUCCACCCAGCUUUUCCAUCGAGUCGUCCACUUUGUCCUCCGUUCCACAACCACACGCCCGUCUCCACUACGGAAGCCAUACGACCUACGUCCGAUUUCCGUCAUGACCAAGAGCAGCCGUCUCAAUUGCUAGCAAACGACUUAUGCAUAGUACAGUAAUGAGCAUGCAUUCUUAGCUGUACGUCGCGAUUGCGCAUGUAGUGGGUGACACCUCACCUCGCUCAGCCAAACAUGCCGGUCCAGCAACCACAACUCCCGCUCCCCGACGGCCCCGGCCCUCAUGCCAUGGGAACCGCCACCGGCACCGUCCUCCCUUCUUCUACCUCGGUCACCUCACCACCCCCCGGUUCGGCGUAUAAGCGCGCAAGCCGCAAAGGCGCGACUAAGCGAUUUGCCUGUAACUAUGAGGACUGCAACAAGGUGUAUUCCAGGGCAGAGCAUCUCCAGCGCCACCAGCUCAACCAUGAUCCCAAGGAGAUAUACCGAUGCGAUUUUGCCGGCUGCGAACAGCAGUUUGUUCGUGCUGAUCUCCUGUCACGCCAUCGAAAACGGCAUUCGGCCUCUUACGUUCCAAGAAACCGCGUACCUAGCUUCAGCACCCCCAAGGACCAUCAUGACCUGCCCACUCCAGGCCAGUCAACCUCCUCUCAGGGCCAGACGCCCGCCUCGUCCACUUCUCACCAGGUAGCCAUCGAGUCUCGCUCCAUCUUCCAAGGUGCCCCCCAUGAUGCUGCCAUCCUUCUCAUUCCUGAUUCCCGCUCGCAACAACCGCAAUCGCAACACCAGGUUCUGCCGUCUCUGCAGCAUCUCCAGUCCCACCAUCAGCAGCAUCAACAACAGGGGCACCAUUCACACCAUCAGGGCGCGUCAGCCAUGGACCAGCAUGCAAGCCCCCACUGGGCAUCUCCAACAAGCAACAUAUCUUCUGCCCAUGCUCUUCCGCCAAAGAACGGGUUUUUCCAACAAAAUGUAAACCACGGCCAUUUAGCCGGCCAACAGCCGCCCCUUCUACCAUAUAACCCCAAUGUUGACUUUCCCAGCGAGGACCUGGCCAGAGAGAACUUCGCCGUCUGGCUCUUCAACCCGCAAGACUACACUUGUGAUCUCAGCGUCUCCCAUCUCCCGUUUCUCGAUGGUGGGCUAGAGUCAGCAUUGAACAACAACAUUCAUUACGAUUAUGACUCCAUCACCAGCGGUCGCUCUCAGGUCGAUAGUACCCCCACGCGGGUCACCGAGUCCGAUAGCGAUUUCAUCACCGAGGCCCGGCUCCAGGAACUAUCCAGCCUGUUCUUCGCAUAUAAUGCGAAGCAGCUGAGAUGCAGGCCCAAUAGCCUGCGCAUCACAGAGGUUGUGGACAAGAGUGGCUGUGGAACUAUGUCGGUCCUAAAUCUCGAUAUGACGCGCGACUGCUUACAAGAGUAUUGGGACCAUGUAUCAGCUCGCCUCCCGAUUGUUCACCAACCCACCUUAUCUUACAACAAGUGCUCGGUGUACCUCCUCCUAGUCAUGAUUGCGCUAGGCGCUGCGUCGCUUCGCAUGAGAAACUGUGGCGACUGCUACACCCACUACGACGUCGUUGCUGAUAUUAUCGUCCUCGGUGUACGGUUGGAUAUACUGGGCACGGAAGAAGCAAUUCCGCCUAUAGCACUAUGGGUUGCGCAAGCGUUAGUCUUGCUCGAGUUUUACGAGAAGCUCUACUCGUCCAGACUCCUACACGAACGAGCCCAAACCUACCAUCCAGUCACUCUUAACCUUUUGCGUCGAGGAAGUCCACUCAUCGGCCGCUCAGGUAGCGAAUCGCCUCCGGAACCAACCGGCUCAGCAGAUUAUAACGGCAACAGCACUCAAAGUGUCACGAGCCUGGACUCCCGGACUUGGUGGUCUCGAUGGGCGCAAACAGAGUCAAUGCAUCGCGUUGUCUUUGCCGCAUUCAUGCUGGAUAUCACUCAUGCAGCAAUGUUUGGCCAUAAAGCCGAUAUGGUGCCAUAUGAGAUACAGCUACCACUACCAUGCGAUGAUAAUCUGUGGUCGGCUUCGAAUCCCGACAAUGUCCGCCAACUCGAUCAAAAUCUCCGGAUGUAUGGCGUCAAGCCAGUAUCGUUCCUCGAGGGGCUGAAACUCGCAAUUCAUGGCAAAGAAGUCAUGACCCAUUCAUUUGGCCGCAUGAUCAUCAUGUCAGGUCUCCUCAGUGUCGGUUGGCAUCUUCGACGCAAAGAAACACACAAUCUGAUGGAUCUUACAAAGAUUCCCAACAGCAAAAGUGACAGCUGGAAGAUGACUCUGCUGAGCGCGUUUGAUCAAUGGAAGGCCUACUUCGACAAAGCCCAGGGGUCUCUAGGAGGGUCAAACAUGGUUGAUCCUAUUAUACCCUAUGCCGGUUCAAACGGCCCGAUACAGAGUGCCGCAGUGCUCUAUCAUUUGGCGCAGUUCAGUUUGUUUUCUGACAUCUUGGACUGCCAGAUCCUUGCCGGCGCAAAACGUCUCUUGGGCAAGAAAAUAUCAGAUCAAGCCUACCUCAAGGUCGUGCCCAAAAUGAAGGCCUGGGCAAGCACGCCAGGUACUCGUCAUGCGAUUCUUCAUGCCUACAAGGUACUCCAUUGUAUCCUUGUUGACCCACGAGGAAACAAGGGCGAGCAGAAUUGGCAAAACAAAGGCCACGGGCUUCCACCGAUGACUAUGCAACCAUACUCUUGCCGUAACGAGCCUGAUCCGCACCGGCCGUGGAUUAUGUAUUACGCUGCCCUAAGCAUCUGGGCCUUUGUCCGUGCGUCUACACUUACUAGUGCUGCGCCCGUCUCGAGUAUUACUUCUCGCUCCAGGAAACCCGAGCAGGUCAACUUCAAUCGCGUUGCCGCUUAUCUCUCCAAAGUCGCAGCUCUUUCCGAGUUGCCGGAAUCCGCCGCAGCUGGCCUCAAGGAUGGGUUGCCUGAAUUGCUUGACGUCCUGUGCUCAGUCCUCUACGAAGCCAACUCGGAACUACUCAAAGAAGCAUGUGAGCGGCUCACAUGCUGCAAAGACAUUCUUACCUCAGAGCAGUGAUGGUGUUAUACCAAGGGGCAAACAUUUACUGCACUUAAGUGGAACGGGGCACAUGGCACAUUCGGAAGACAGUUUUAGAAGCUUUCGACACACCAAUGUGCAUAUAGGAGAGCUCAGUUGCAUCGGCUAGCUGGUUACUGAAAAUCCCUCGUGAAUCCAUGCCGGAUAACCAUCGACUGCGUUUGACAGUGUUCACAUAUCAAUCACAGCUUGAAGUAUCCCCUCCACAGCUUCCGCAGAAUGCCCUCAGGAUCCCACUUCAUUGCGACUUGCUUGAGUUUGGCGUGAUUGUCCGCUCCAUAACUCUCGAACACGCUUUGGCUGUUACCGGCGUAGUUGGCGUAAACAAAGCCAUGACUCAAGCCCCUGCUCUUAGCAAGGUCGUUGAUUUUACCGAUCACUCCCUCGGAGCUCCUCUCCAUCAAUUCGUCAAGCGCACUAUCCGACCACUGUGCCGCCACCUGAAUCAGCAUCAGGGGGCCAUCGCUCUGCUUCAAACCCAGCGCGUUCCCGCCGUUUACCUCCAUGGCCUUCAGCACGUUGAGUGGGAUAGCUUGGUACGCCAAGUAGGGAGUGACCGCAGUGCCAUUUGCGGCCGCAAUAAGUUUCUCGACAUGGUCUUGCCAGAGAGGCACGAUGUCGAUGAGAAGGGAAGGAUCAGUAGCUUUGAUUGUCGUAUCCCACCAUGUCUGGCGGGAACCGUACGGAACGUCGAUUGCACGAGAUAUGGUUGACACGUUGUCGAUGGAUUUUGACUUCGUGAUGGUAGGCAGGGACUCGAAAGGCACGAAUACUUCAGGGACAGUCUCAUGGGCACUAUCCGCUGUGUUCGGCAAGUCUGCAUGGAACAGGUCGCUGAUUACGGCGUAACCACCCAGCAUAUCCAUAUGCGUCAAGACCAUGUAGCUGUGGGCCUUGUUGUCGCUCGGCAUGCCGUUGACAGUCAGGUUCUGAUACGCGGCAAUAGCGGAGGCGUUGGCUGCGCCAGGGAUUAUGAGACUGCUGUGCCAUAUGUUACCGCCCGGUUGCUCGUACGCUCCCAUAUCGAAUCUGGUUACGAUUCCAAAGCUGGAGCCGCCCCCGCCGCGCAACGCCCAAAACAGAUCCUCAUUCUCGGUGGGAGAAGCAUUGACGAUGAGUCCGGACGCGAGAACAAGCUCGUAAUUGCGCACGUUGUCGCAUGCCCAACCGUACAUUCCAGAAAAGAACGAUAUACCUCCGCCGAGAAUGAGACCGCUGACCCCCACGUCAGCCACACGGCCACCCGCAACGACAAGCCCCAGCGUAUCGAGGGCCUCGGAGACGUUGAUCCAUCUGUUUCCAGCACCAAUCGAUACCGUCUUACGAUCCGAUGACACGUUGAGGGUGGUGAGAUACAUCAGGUCGACGGUGACACCACCAUCAGAGUUGGAACCGCCUGCGAAAGCAGUGUGGCCGCCACCCUUGACGGAGAACUGAGUGUUCAGUGAGGCAAGUACCUUCAUGGUGGCCGCAACUUCAAGCGUAUUCUCAGGCGCCACGAAGCAGGCGGGUGCGAUGUUGUCGGUCUGCCGGUUGGACCAGUAGUGGUUCUCUUGGGCAUAUGUGGGCGAGUCAGGAUAGUUAACGCGCCCAAGAGGGAGAGCAAGGUCGAUGGCUUUGCACUGGAUGAGGAUGAUGUCAGUAUGGGUUCAGAUUGCAAUAAGAUGUCGGGGUCUUACUGCUGCGUCUGAUGACGGAGACAACGGAGUGCAGCACCCUGCGGUCGCGAGGGAAAGGGCACCAAGCAAAAUCUUGCUAAAGCCUGAGAACAGCAUGUUGAAGGUUGGGGAUGGUGGUUCUCAGCCUUCAAUGAGUGGAUGAGAGAAUGAAAGAUGGUAGUAACUACCUAUGCAGGUCGAGGGCUGGGGUUUUUGUAGCUCGAAGUAAUGUUCCACGAGGGGAGGAACCUCUCGCCAUAUGCAUCCUCGCUUCUGUCCGAGUUCGAAUCAUGCAGUUUGAUAGCAUUCAUGGCGGAUAUGGGAUGGAAAGCUUUUCCGAAACCGGCAGACAUGUGUGAGAAUUAGGAGUGGGCACCGGGAGGUCUGGGGGCAGCCAUCAACACUUAUGUCCAGAGUUUCUGAUCAUCACCCUCACCACUCCAACUUACUCCCCGUUCACCGACCCGACUAGCUCCUACUCUUGCAUGUUCCAAAUUCGGGGCGAUUUCUUUCCCCCUCGCACGUUUCUUGUCAUCACUCCAUUCCAGAAACCCAAGGGUCUAGCACUAGGCUGACGCCAAUCAAGAAGAUACC